AUGGAGCACGUCGAGGUGCCGUGGCCGUGGUUAGGAUCGAAUCGUGGUAGUAGCGAUCCAGACCCUGUAUCCAAGGCUAAUGAAACCGGUGAUCAGACAUCAUCUCGACUUCAUGGCGACGUUGCCGGCACCCUUUCCACACGACGUGGCCACUCGAGCCAGCUCUCGAUUUCAGAUCCCAGCCAUCACGUAACGGAGACAAUCGGCAAUUUAUACGAUGAAGACGAAGACCAAAAUUCCGAGACGGGCCGCCCGCUGAGUUUCGUCACCGACCCUGCGUAUGAGGACCAAGUCAGUCAACCACAUCGGCAACACAACGAAAAGCCGCUACAGUUCAUCACAGCGUCUAAUGUCGUCUCUCAGUCAACAUCAGACCAGCAGACGCGGCCGAGACCCCAUGUUGGCAAUGGCGGCUCGAAAUCACCUUCGACGAGUCUCCCCGGACACAGCCAGCGCAACGAUCAGCUGGACGAAGACGCGCGGCCCAUGACAUCUCCCACUCUGUCGCUGCGAGGAGCUCAUACGCACACGUCCGAGCAGCAAUUCCCCUUGACCAAUAUAGAUAACCCGAAUGAUAUCGCUCAGGAAUUAAGCAACUUGCAGGCGUUGAGGCGUUUAUCCAUGGAUGUUGGCAACAGUAUUGACCCAGAUAUACCUCCAAUGUCACUAGCAGCUAUGCCGGCUGUAGCGCCGCGGGGAGGCGAUGAUGAAAACGAUCCCUCAAGGUUGCUUUGGGUGCCCGCAAGAGUACAUCCAGAGCUGGCGCCUACUGAAUUCAAGACCUUUCUCGCAAGUCGGCUUCAGUCCAUCCGGAGGAGAUCCGGAGAUUCUUUUCUUUCCGUUCCGGAUGAGAAUUCUGGUGACGAACAGAGUCCAAUGAAUUCCUCUUCACUAAGAAGGAAGAAGUCGCUACUUUCCCGCCAAGUUGACAGCUCGGACGAGCGAGCUUCCGAAGGUUACGCCAAUGGCGUGAUGGACAAACCAGAGAGACAAGGCUACAAGAAUGAUCAGCCAGAUCGAGACCUGAGUCUAGACGAGCUAGUAAAAGACCCCUCAAAAGCAGCCCAGAGACUUGCUCAAGAGUCCCAUAGCUAUUCAGGCAGUCUAGAAUCUGGGACGGAUGACAUACCUAUCCUGGCUGUUGCACCCAGUAGCGGAUUGCGGAGGUCAACUCGGACAACGUACCGCAAAGGAGGGAGCCUGCGAUCUGGCGACAAAGCGUCGUUUUCGAAGCGAAUGGCACAACGCCACCAAAGCGGUGAUAGCACAGACUCUCAUGCUGCGGCUGCUAUUGAACCCCCUCGGGGGUAUCCGCUGAUCCAAGUGCAGUCAGAACCCACGGAGAAUUUUUCACGGCCUACUCGACCAGAUCGAAGACAUGAUAAGGAUUCGCAGGAAUCGUCUGCAACUUCAACAGCGCCCGAUGCCCCUUCAGCUUCACGUUCAUCCCAAUUUUCCAUUCGAGGAUCUUCCGCCUCGCCACGUGCUUCCACCGACGAUAUCCUCACCUCGGAAAAUCCAGGCGUCUCUCAGGAGAAUCGGUACCCAGAUCAAUUUUCACAACGUCACUCUCAGACUGUUUCCACAGCAGAGGAGCCUGGGUUAGAACCUGUGGCAGAUGACCCCGGCAACAAUUCAACCGGCCGCUCGAACCACCGCUCCCUACCAGGCAGUCACAAGCUCGAAGACAGCAGCUCUGGGAGAUUGUCUAAUUCCGCCUCAACACAAACAGGUGCAGUUCCACUCAACACAUCAAAUAGUAACGCUCUUCGCACGGAUGCCACCAUCACCCCUCCGGCGCAGACGCGAGAUGAAAAACGAGGAGACAAGAAGGCGAGGAAAGAGAAGGAUGAGGAUUCUCACAACUCGAGUAGAUCCGGCAGCGCAUGGAAAUGGCUCAAGGGCGUGGCGGACGACAGGGACAAGAAAAAGGAUGAAAGCAAGAAGUCCAGACACAAAGCAACGUCUGAAAAGGCUCAGGACAACGUGCGGUUGGACGUCAUUCAAUCAUCGCUCGAAAAGAAUGCUACCAAGGGGCGUGAAAGCUUAGUCCUUGACCGGGAAAGCCUCGACACUAAACUUUCCGACGAACGGAAGAAGGACAGUCAUCGAAAGAGCGAUUCGAGAAAGGAAAAGGACGGAAGCCUCUUCUCUUCCAUCUUUGGCGGCAAGAAGCGGGAAGAGAAAGAGAAGAACAAGAAGCACCAGCAACUGUUGCAUGUUCCAGAAGACACCGUGCCUUACAAGCCUCUGCAGCCAGAUGUCGACUACAACUGGAGCCGCUUUCCGCUCCUCGAAGAACGCGCCAUCUAUCGAAUGGCACACAUCAAACUAGCAAACCCUCGCCGCUCUCUCCACAGCCAAGUCCUCCUCAGCAAUUUCAUGUACAGCUAUCUGGCAAUUGUUCAAGCUAUGCAUCCUCAGAUGAAUGUUCCAGUGUCGCCCCAGCAAAAGCGACUGGAGGAGGAGGCACGCCGUAAACGGGAAGAGCAAGAAUACUUGGCUCAACGUGAAGCGCAAGACGAAGGGGAUGAACAAGACCAGCAACAGAGUCUUGAGCAGUACGAUUUCGAUUAUCAUCGCACGACGGUGCAAUAUGCAGAUUCCAAUUCCAACCAGCCGGUGGAGUAUGUGGAUGACGCUCAGAUAUAUGAAGACGACCACUUACACGACGACCAUGGCGGCUAUGGCGCUGACGAUGGGGGCGGCUAUGGCCAUGAGGUGAAGGAUUAUUAUCGGUAUCAUCAUGAUGUAUCGGAUCGACAUAGUACCCAGGAUGGCGUUUGGUGAUUCUUGACUCACGCAUCAAUCAUUCCCGCAGUUUCACGAAGUCGCAUGACCACCUCAACCCAGGUACUGUGCGUCCAGGGGCGCGAUGCGAAGCUGUCCUUGAGCCAUGGAUUGAUCAACAUAGUAGCGACAUUCUAUUUGUACAUACAACUGUAUGCGCCCUUUGUACUCGGCU